UGCUGGUCAUAGAUCCAAGAUGGCGCCUUCCCUGGUGGAGCAUGUUGUCGCAGACGCAGGAGCGUUUUUAAAGAAAGCUCCUCUACAGGAGAUCGGCAAGAACAUCUACACACUGAGAGAUGUGGUGGACGAGAUCAGAGACAAACCAACCAGGAGGAGUCUGGCCUUCCUGCCGUACCAGCUCAACUUCAAAGAACCGCAUCCUGAACACAUCAGACUGGUGACGGAGUUCUCCAAGAAGACUGGAGACUACCCGAGUCUGUCGGCCACCGACAUCAAAGUCUUGGCUCUGACGUAUCAGCUGGAGCUGGAACACGUCGGCUCCAAACACCUGAAGAAAGAGCCGGAGAUCAAGGUGAACGUUCAGAGCACACAGCGCCACCCAGAGACUCCCGUUAAUGUUGCAGGAUUCCACUUCCCCUCCAAGAAACGUGUGGACAGUGUGGACAUCCCACAGACCCAGAGAGAGACGGAGACGUCAAACAGUGACGAGUUCAACAGCUUCCUGUUCUGGAGAGAGCCACUGCCGUCCAUCGACAGCGACCUGCUGGAUUUACUGGAUCCUGUCGAGGCUCUAAAUUCAGCAAACACACAGAAACAGACGGACACACAGAAACAGACGGACACACAGAAACAGACGGACACACAGGAGUCUGCUGUGACGGCCGACAGUGACGAGUUCAACAACUUCCACUUCUGGAGAGAGCCGCUGCCGCCCAUCGACAACAGCCUGCUGGAUUUACUGAAAGUGGACGACAUCUGCACAACAGAGAGCAGGUUGGACACAUCGCCACAGACGCAGGAGUCAGAGGACCAAUCAGACGACGCGGACAAAGAGAACGAGCCUGAAGACGAAGAUGAGGAUGAUGAUGAUGAUGACGGAGGAGGAUGGAUCACUCCCAGUAACAUCAAACAGGUGAAGAUGGACUCGGCUGAUGGGAUGGCUCCUGCUGACGUCAAAGUCGGAUGUCUGACCACUGACUUCGCCAUGCAGAACGUCCUCAUUCAGAUCGGACUUCAUGUUCUGUCUGUUAACGGGAUGCUGAUCAAACAGGCGAGGAACUACAUCCUGAGGUGUCACGCCUGCUUCAAGACGACGAGCAACAUGAACAAAGUGUUCUGUCCUCACUGUGGGAACCAGACGCUGAAGAAAGUGGCCGUGACCAUCAAUCAGGACGGCAGCAAGCAGAUGCACUUCUCCAAAAACCCCAAAGUGCUGAACCCCAAAGGGCUGAGGCACUCUCUGCCGCUGCCUCAGGGAGGGAAACACAGUUCCAACCCUCAGCUGGUGGAGGACCAGCGUUUCCCUCAGCAGAGACUCUCCCGUAAAGCUCGUCAGAAGACGGACGUCUUCAACCCCGACUACGUAGCCGGAGCGUCGCCUUUCUGCCAGAACGACGUCUACAGUCGAGCAGCCAACCUGCACAUCAGAGACAGCCAGUGUGGCGGCGGCAGGAGGCGAGCCAACCCCAACGCCACACGCAGCAAGUUCAUCAAGAAGAAGUGAAGAGCUGAAGGACGUGUGGACUCAUGACAUCAUCAUCAUCACAGGUGUUUGAUGUUAAACUAAAGGAACAUACAGGAGCUUCAGUGUAUCUGAGUCCCACAUGAUGAAGGUACAGAACACAGAAACUGUGGAAUGGUCCUUUAAAUACAAAACCAGCAGAUUCUCUCUUUAAUAAGUUAUCAUGUUAUCAAAUCCCCUGAGUGUGUUUCAAUAUUAUCUUUAUAUUCUGCCCAAUAAAUGUUCAAACUUCAGCUGCUCAUGUUCAGUGACGUCAUUAUUUCAAUAUAAAGACACAUUUAUGAUUCUCAGAUAAUCCCUUAAACCUGUUAAGGAACUGUCUUUGUGCUAAGCUAGGCUAACAGUUUCCCUCUGCUUCCAGCCUUUAUGCUAAGCUAGGCUAACAGUUUCCCUCUGCUUCCAGCCUUUAUGCUAAGCUAGGCUAACAGUUUCCCUCUGCUUCCAGCCUUUAUGCUAAGCUAGGCUAACAGUUUCCCUAUGCUUCCAGCCUUUAUGCUAAGCUAGGCUAACAGUUUCCCUCUGCUUCCAGUCUUUCGUCUCUGGCGCGGCACGGCGAGUCUUAACUGACGAUGGAAACAAAAAUCAUUUCUACCGUUUUGCUGUACAGUAUAUCAUUUUAUUUUUCAUGUCGAUGAUGAGGUGAACAGUAGAAAUACAGAGAACACACCACAGCUGCCUUUUAAAGAGAUAGAGAUUAAGUUAAUUAUCGAUCUGUCAGUUUUCUUGAUUAAUCAUUUGGUUCUUAAAUUGCCAGAAGUACUGUUCAGUUUGUCAGUCUGAGGUGACGUCCCUGAAUCUCCCCUUCUGUCUGACCCAAAGUGUUUCAGUUAUAAUGUGAGGACAAGUAGAGCAGCGACUUCUCACAUCUGAGAUCAAAAAUUUUGUUUAUUAGCUUAAAAAUCAUUCAAUAAAUCGAUCAUUAAGCAGA